UGGAGGGGGAAGAGCUGCCGGCGGCCGCGAGAACAGCGGCGGGGAGAGGCGAGCCCCCGGCGCCGAUUCGCACGGAGAACUGCUCUUGAGGAGAGAUCCAUUUGUUGGGAUAUAAUAAAAAGAAUGAAUCAGGAUAAAACCUCUAAAUGCAAGUACCAGAAAAAUUACAACACAUCUCAGUGAAUUUGCAGGUGGUUGAUCUUUCCUUGUGGGUUGGCAGGCAGUCAUAGGACUGCAAAAUGGGUCUCCGGAUUCACUUUGUUGCUGACCCACAUGGUUGGUGCUGCAUGGGUUUGAUUGUCUUUGUCUGGUUAUACAACUUUGUUUUAAUUCCCAAAAUUGUCCUCUUUCCUCACUAUGAAGAAGGACAUAUUCCAGGCAUAUUAAUAAUAAUAUUCUAUGGCAUUGCCAUAUUUUGUCUGGUUGCCUUAGUGAGGGCCUCAAUAACUGAUCCAGGAAGACUCCCUGAGAACCCAAAGAUCCCACAUGGAGAAAGGGAGUUCUGGGAAUUGUGUAACAAGUGUAAUUUGAUGAGACCAAAGCGUUCCCAUCACUGCAGCCGCUGCGGCCACUGUGUUAGGAGAAUGGAUCAUCACUGUCCAUGGAUUAACAAUUGUGUUGGUGAAGAUAAUCACUGGCUUUUUCUGCAGUUGUGUUUCUACACUGAACUUCUUACUUGCUACGCACUGAUGUUUUCUUUCUGCCACUAUUAUUACUUUCUUCCACUAAAAAAGCAUAACUUGGACCUCUUUGUUGUUAGACAUGAAUUGGCCAUAAUGAGACUAGCUGCCUUUAUGGGCAUUACAAUGUUCGUUGGAAUAACUGGACUCUUUUAUACUCAACUAAUUGGCAUCAUCACAGAUGCUAUCAAGAAAGUGAAAGGACAGCUCACAGAAUGGGAGAAAAUAUUGUGUAUCUGAUAAGGGACUUGUAUCUAGAAUAAAGAACUCUUAAACUCAGUAAUAAGAAGGCAACCUAAUUAAAGCAUGGGGAAAGGAUCUGAAUGGACAUUUCUUCCAAGAAGAUACAAAUGGACAAUAAAUACUGCAUGAAAAGAUGCUCAACAUCAUUAGUCAUCAGGGAAAUGAAAAUCAAAACCAUAAUUAGGUAUCACUUCUCAUGCACACUAGGAGGCUAUAAUAAAAAAAGGUAAUAACAAAGGUCAGUGAGGAUGCAGAGGAAGCAGAACCCUCAUGCACUACUAGUGGGAAUGUAAAAUGGUGCAGAUACUUUACAGAAUAGUCUGACCAUUCUAUAAGUAAACAUGAGUUAUGUUUUGAUUCAGCAAUUCCACGCCUAGGUAUGUACCUAAGAGAAAUGAAAUGUAUGUUCACAUAAAAAUCUGUACAUGAAUAUUUAUAGCAGCAUUAGUCAUAAUAGACCAAAACUCUCAGCAAUCCAGAUAUCUAUCAGCUGGUGAAUGGAUAUAUACAAAAUGUGGUAUAUAUCCAUAAAAUGGAAUAUUAUUUGGCCAUAAGAAGAAGUGAAGUACUGAUGCAUACAACACCAUAGAUGAACCUUGAGAGCAUUAUGCUAAGUGAAAGAAACCAGUCACAAAAGGUCACAUAUUUGUAUCAUUCCAUUUAAUGAUAUGUCCAGAAUAGGCAAGUCUAUAGAGACAAAGUAGAUUAGUGGUUGUGUGGGGUUGGGGAGCUAGUGGGGGCUGGAGAUAAUGGCUAAAGGGUACAGAGUUUCUUUC